GAAGCCGCUCUGUGAGAUCCGCCCCUUUAUAAAAUCCCUUCAACACUGACGUCAAUGCAUCUCGAGCGCCAGAACAUCAUUCCUCAUGCCGAGCAUCAGAGCGGAAUGUGCUCUCAUUUCAGUCAUGUAGAGCCCUUAUCUGGAAACGAAGAAAUGUGCAGGAGCCCUUGGCACCCAUAUGGCCCGUCUGCAUUUUAGCUUUGGCAUUACGAACAUAAUUGUACCUGCCACUUGAAUCGCUUUGUUAGAGCAGGUGAAGGUGGCCACAUCAUCCACACACCUCUUUAUCCAGUAGUUCACUAGAAAAACUAUGGUCAUGGCCGCCCAGGAGCAAAAGCCGUCGCAGCGGGCUCCGGUUCGCGUGGGAUUUUAUGAUAUUGAGCGCACGCUGGGAAAAGGCAAUUUUGCAGUUGUGAAGCUGGCGAGACAUCGCAUCACGAAAUCUGAGGUGGCCAUUAAGAUCAUAGACAAGACCCAGUUAGAUGCAGUGAACCUAGAGAAGAUCUACAGGGAAGUGGAAAUCAUGAAGUUGCUGGACCAUCCUCACAUCAUCAAGCUUUACCAGGUAAUGGAGACCAAAAAUAUGCUCUAUCUAGUGACUGAAUAUGCCAGGAAUGGAGAGAUUUUCGACUACCUGGCCAGCCGCGGGCGGCUCAGCGAGAUGGAUGCGAGGAGGAAGUUCUGGCAGAUCCUCUCAGCGGUGGAGUACUGCCACGAACGCAAUAUUGUUCACAGAGACCUGAAGGCUGAGAACUUGUUACUGGAUGCUCACAUGAAUAUGAAGAUAGCAGAUUUUGGCUUUGGAAACUUCUUUCGUCCAGGGGAACCCCUGACCACUUGGUGUGGCAGCCCCCCGUAUGCGGCUCCAGAGGUGUUUGAGGGACAGCAGUAUGAGGGUCCGCAACUGGACAUCUGGAGUAUGGGGGUGGUUUUGUACGUGUUAGUGUGCGGCACUCUUCCAUUUGAUGGUCCUAGCCUUCCUGUCCUCAGACAGAGGGUCCUGGAGGGCCGUUUCCGCAUCCCCUACUUCAUGAGUGAGGACUGUGAGCACCUGAUCAGGAAGAUGUUGGUUCUAGAUCCAGCCAAGCGUUUGUCCCUGAGUCAGAUCAAAGAACAUCGCUGGAUGGUGCAGGAGGUCCCGUCCCAGCGGCCCGUGCUGUAUAGACAGGGUCUGUCAUGUAAGAGCAAAUUAGGCUUGGGUGAACACAGUGAGCAGGUGCUCCGACUCAUGCACAGCCUGGGCAUCGACCAGCAGAAGACCAUUGAGUCUCUUCAGAACAAAAGCUAUAACCAUUUCGCUGCUAUCUACUACCUGCUUGUGGAGCGGUUGAAAGCGCAUCGCAGCAGUUUCCCUGUGGAACAGCGUUUGCACGCCAGCCAGCGCCGCCCUAGCACCAUCGCUGAGCAGACUGUUGUCAAGACUAUUGCGGUUCCCUCUCAAGCGGGCGUCCCGUCGCAGGCAGCACGUCACCUGCGUUCACCUGUCCUGUUGCAGUCCGCCACAGACACAUUUACCUUCCCACAAACCCCUGCUUCCCCAGAUCAGACGCUCAUGGAGGAAGACGUGGCCACUCCCAAGGUGGAUGGCUGCUUACUGGACCCACUCCCUCCAGCCGUUGUUCGCAAAGUCAGUGGCUCACUACCUGGCAACGUUAUGGAGACAUCCAUUGAUGAGGGCAUUGAGGCAGAGGAAGAGCACGCUGUGCCCCUCGCCGCCUUUCAUGCAGCUCGCUUCAGUCAGCGCCGCCAUACGCUGUCUGAGGUCACCAACCAACCUACCGUGCUGCCCACCACAGGCCUGAACCCAUCUCUCGGGAGCAUGGACUCAGAGUACAGCAUGGGUUCGACUCAAAGUGACUUCAGCUUGCCUGAAGAGAAUCCAGCUCUAAAGGAAGCAUUAAGCAGUACACCUUCCAGCUCCGCAGCUCCAGUCUUCCUCAGCAUGAAGCCCCCUGAGCCCACCCUUCAGCCACUCAACACAGAGGGGCAGGAUGCUCAUAAACACUCACUAGUCAGUUUCAGAGAGGGGCGAAGGGCUUCAGACACAUCUCUCACUCAAGGUUUAGUGGCAUUCAGACAGCACCUCCAGAACCUUGCCAGGACCAAGGGCUUCCUGGAGCUGAACAAAGCCCAGAUAGUGUUCGGAGAUGGUGGAGGGGGAGGCGGCAAACACACACUCAGUCCCCAAGAGCUCCUAGAGCCGCACCACCCAUUCAACCAUCAGGGAGAAGGACGCCAGUUUCUAAGUGGGAAAGAUACGUCGAUGUUCACUGGUAAAACGCACCCUUAUCUGCUGUCCAGGAGACAGAGUUUGGAGACACAGUACCUUGCUCAGCGACUACAGAGGGCCAGUCAGUUGGCAAGUGGUCUUGGAAGUGGACAGAUGUUUUGUAAAGAGGCUGCACCACGCACAUUAGAGCAACAACUCCAGGAGCACAGACUGCAACAGAAAAGACUCUAUCUCCAGAAGCAGUCUCAGGUGCAAGCUUACUUCCACCAGAUGCAGCUGGCAGAGGAUGCUUACCCCCCUCCCCAGGACACCAGAGAUCCACAGAACAGCACCAGUCCUUUGUCCAGCCCUCCCUUCACACGGACCCAAAACCUAACCCCUUUUCUGGAGCCCUGCACUUUGUCCCUGACAUACAGCCCCAAGUCAGCCCGCUUCCCAGACUGGCCUCUGCUACCAGACAAUCACACAAACUACACCCCAUCCCUCCCUACAGAGCCCCUAUAUGCAUGGAGUCCUACCCAGCCGCAUCUCCCACCAGGCAAAGCAGAAAGCCUUUCCGCCCAAUCCGUACCUGAAGCCCCCUUCCUGGACUGCGAGAUGAUGGAGACCGUAGAGGCCCCACAAGGCUAUGUACUCGUAAACUAAACGUGAAAUAAAGCAGUCUGAGGCUGGCUCUCAGGCAUAAGAUCUGGUGAAAAAAAUGCCCUCAGGGACAAACAAGACGCCAUGGUUUGUGUCACAUCUUAUAAACCUACAGACGUUUACUUGAUCCUGUGGUAGACCAUUACACCUUCAUUUUCAGAGACGUUUUUGAGAUGUACUUGUGUCCUGAAAUGUCUUUUUUUCUCUCUUUUUCUCGGUAAGCACAGAUGAAGUGUAGUGCAGCUACCAUAGAGUUAAAAAAUCAGUAUUAAAGCAAUAUUACUUUUCCUAUAUAAUACUUUAGAGUUCUAUGAGUUUCAGUGUUUUUAUAAGUAGUUUGUUCCAUCCUUUAAUGAUCAGUAGCUACUUAAGGAUUCAGUUAAUAUUGUGUGAUUUUUUAAAAUAAUAGAUAGUUAACAGAAAUGUGUAAAUAUUUAUCUAAAGUGCUGCCAAUAGGAUGUAAUUUUGCAAGCCAACCCGGAAGUUAUGGUCUCCAUGUCAGAAAUACCGUAUUAACAAGAUUCUGACUUGUAAAGAGCGCUCAUGUCGUCUUAGAACUCAUAAUUAGAAUUUGUGAAUUUUGGGAGAGCUCUGAAUUGUACCCCCUGACCUCUGCAACAUCACACAAAAACACUUAAAAUGGCAGAGACUUCAGCUGUAAAAUGUAGUUACUCAGUAAUAUUUAGUUAAACAUAUUAUUUCUGUUUAGUAAUUAAUAAUUAAUAGUAUUCCUAUAAUUGACUAUUGUUAAUGUCUUGAUAGUGCAAGGAUAAUCAACAAAAAAAAAAAAGACAUACAGUACAGUUUAAUGUGACUAGCACAGCUUAAUGCAUCUAAUGUCCCACUAAAUAAACAAAGUUGAUUAAUAAGGCAUUUUAUGUAUCGUGGUUUUGUCUAUUGAUUACUCAAAUUACACUGAUUCAUUUCGGCUUAAUAGUGUUGCCAUAAAAGCGUAUAAUUCAGGACGUGAACAUCAUCCUGGUUCUCUCGACAAAAGCCAAUACGAUUUUUCCAUUCGUUUUUGGAUUAUUACAUCAAAUAAGCUCUGACCAGCAAAAGAUUUUGACUUUUGCCAGUUUUGUUAAAUAAAUGAACAUGACAUUUGUGAAUUUUGAAGCCUAAAUACGAUCACCAGAAGCAAAAGGCUGAAAGCAGGCUAUAAACAUCAACAUUCAACUCUCAGUCUUUAUUUAAAAUAAAAUAAAAUAAAAUCUAAAAUAAAGUUGGAAAAUUUGAGUUCCAAUAGUUUGUAAAAGUGUAAGCACAACAAGGCUGUAAAAGAUCAUUUUUCAUGUUCGAUCUGAUGUUUAAUGUCCCGACAGCCUAUGCAACCCGAUCUCACGGCAAAUCGUACGUAUUUUACGAGUUGCACAAUUCGAAUGAAUUUGUACGAAUGACCUACACCUAACCCCUCCCCUAAAACUAACUGUUAAACAAAUCGUAUAAAAUCGUACGAGUGAGGUCGUACAAAUUCGUACAAAUAAGCCAUCUCGUAAAAUACGUACGAAUUGGUCAUGAGAUAGCAUUGGCUUAUGUAGUCCCAUUUUGCCACUUGUUAGCAACAACCUUUUUAAAGACGUAAAAGCUUAUAAAAUCACGAGUGGAGUAUAACUGAUCUGUUUUAUGUUAUAAUGUAUGCAUUGACUUUGUGAGGAUGAAUCUGGGUUUUGGGACUCCUGCAGCACUAUUGUAAAGUCAGUGUUACAACAUUGCAACGGCUGUUUGACUAUUGGUAAACAUUAACGGGCAUGACCUAAAUGAUGUCAGCAGUCAGAGUAAAGUUGUUUCAGGCGGAGCAAUGAUAAAAGAUUACAAAAAUCAUCUGUGGAAUGAUAUGCACUGAUGGUUGCGCACAGUAAAACCAAACAACGUGUUCGAGUUACCAGAGUUCAAACCAAGUUCAGCAGAAUUUUUUUUUUAGAAAACUUAAGUGUUGUGCCUUUAAAUUCUUGUUGUUCCUUUUUGAAGAAUGUCUGUUUUUAGAUUGAAUUCUUCGAGUAAAACUGUUUGGAAAUGCAGUAUGAAGCACCCUCUUUUGACAGAUACCUUGAACCAAAGUCUCCAUUUAGGUUCUAUUGUGAAGUCCACUAUGUGGAUUGUUCUGGAACCAUCCAGCUACAUGAGAUAGUUGUCAUGGUUCUACAGUAUAUGCCAUUUAAAAAUAUAGCAAUACCUAGAGUAAUAGUUCUGAUGUUCAAACUGGGUGUCCAUGGUGAGUGUUGUCUUUUAAUGCCUUUGGAGGAAAAAUAUCUUAUUGUGACUUUAGAAUUCGUAGUCAGAUCUUUAUUGACUAUUGUUGAUAUUAAUACCGACAUUGAAAAGUGAACUGUUUUGUUAUAGUCGUUUUUCAGUGCUAAAAUGUUUCCCAGUAUGUAAACACAGUAUGAAUUUUGUUAUAUUCAGUUGAAAAUUCCUUGCACAAAUGGAAAUAAACAUGC